AUGUUAUUCGUGCAUCGAAUCAACGAUCGCGUGGAAACCGAAACAGGUCCUCUAAGCGCCAUACAGGCGUCUCAGGAUCGGCUCCUAACGGGUCUCGUCCCACUGGUCGCCGCGCAUUUGGAGGACACCUCACUUCGGCCACAGAAACUGGCGAUGAGCCCCCCGACACAAUCUCUUCGAUUGCAGCUGGCCUCAGUGCAGCUGCCCCCGAGUUUGUUCCCGGCCAGCCUGUGGUGUCCAGAAGCAAGGUGGCAAAAUCCGCCCAAUCGCGCCCCAGGCAGACCCAGCCAAAGUUGCCCAAAUCCACGGCGUCCGACCUGGCUACGCGCAUUCACGAAGACAUUAGCAAUGCUAAUUAUGAAUGCGCAGUUUGCACAGACGAAGUUCUCCGCACUUCUCAUAUAUGGUCCUGCACGCUCUGCUGGACUGUUGUCCAUAUGA